AUGGGAAAAUUAAGAAAUGCAGGAAGAAAAGAAGUUAUGAAAAUAAAAUUAAUGGUGAUUAUGAUGAUAACAUUCGUAACAAACGCCAUAGAUUCAAACCCAAUCCAUGAUCCAUGCUCGGAUACAAAGGUACAAAAAUGGGAUGGUUUUACAUUUGGAUUCGCGUUUUCAUCUAAGGAAUCAUUUUAUGAUUCUAAUCAAGUUCAGUUAUCGCCCUGUGAUAGUCGUCUUCAGCUGGUCAAUCAAGCUCAACUAGCCAUAUUUAGGCCUCGAAUCGACGAGAUUUCCCUAUUGACCAUCAACAAUACCUUCAACCCUGAUACAUCUGGUGGAUAUAUGGUAGCUUUUGCAGGAAGAACAUAUGCUGCAAGAUCAUUACCAGUUUUUGUUGCAGAUAGUAGUAAUACUGUAACAAGUUUUACACUUGUGCUUGAAUUUCAAAAGGGUACUCUGCAAAAUUUGUACUGGAAAAAGUUCGGGUGCGAUUCUUGCAAGGAACAUCAUGUAUGCCAUGAAAACCAAGAGUGUGCAGUGCCAACCUCAAGAUGCAAAGGCAAAGGCGGAGACAUCGACUGCACCAUUAGCAUUCAGUUAACGUUUUCGGGCACAGACAAGAAUGAAGAUGUACUUAACUCAUGGUACGAAUUGAAAAAUAUGAGACGUUUCUCUCUAUACAGCCUCUUUAACAAUCUACGGAAUUCAUUUACUAAUGGCUUACUAUAA